AUGGAAGACGACUUCGUCCUUGUGGAUCGUCCAAAUCCCCAGUCCUUCCCAGAACUCUCUUCCUGGCUUCAGCCAACUGCAUACCACGACCCCGCUAGCGACUUCCACAAACAUGUCGGCGCUCACGUCCCUGGAACGGGCGACUGGAUCGAGAAGACUCCCCAAUAUGAGAGGUGGCACGGCACCGACUCCGAAGCCAUCCUCUGGAUUAGAGCGAUUGCCGGAGCGGGAAAAAGCGUUCUAAUUGCAUCGCGCAUCGCCCGUCUGCAACAAUACGAGCCGCAGGCUCCUAUUCUCUUCUUCUUUCGCCAGAUCGUUACAGCGUGUCAUGGGUCCCACGCCUUGGUCCGUGACUGGCUCGACCAGUUGCUCCCUCACUCACCAAGCCUGCAGAAGGCGCUCGGCGCUUGCAAGAAGCAGGGCAGCAUCGUCACUGAGUACAGUUUUGCAGAGCUUUGGCAGAUCCUAACUGACGCCUUACUGGCCAUGCCGACACGCAUCCAGACCGCACUGGGAGGGAUCUUGUCUGUCAGGCUGGAGGAUCGACUCGUCAACCGCGACAUAGCUUGCUUUAUGCGGUUUCAGCUCGACCUGGCCAAAGAUAGUAUUCAAUCGGCAAUCCGCAACGAGAUCAUCCGGUCCAUGGAGGACCGUGUUUUUCCAUCCUUUCUCUAUGCUCGGCUCAUGCUGAACGAGGUUCUCGAGGAAGCUCAACGUGCUUCUUUGAACAUACAGGCUGUUCAACGCCUCAUCCAGUCUAUUCAUGCUACUCUAGAAGAUCUAUAUUCACAAAUGUUGAACGAUCAUUCGCGCCGUGCGGGUGUCCCGCGUGAGCGGCAGAUGUUUAUUCUGCAGCUCGUCACGCACGCCACUCGUCCCCUACGUUUGUUGGAGAUUGCGACCGUGUGGAAGUUUCUCGAUGUGUCUAUCACCCAUCACUCGUUCACCGAGUUCCUGACGGAUACCAACCGAGCCGAUCGUAUCAGCAUGCAUGAAAACACAUUUCCUGUCAUUGACAUGGUAGAAACAAACCAGAUUGUGUUAGCCUGCGUGCGUUACCUCCUAUCAGGUGGUCUGACCACCUGGAAACGCCAAACAGUAUCUCGCCUCGUCCGUGACCCGUGGAAAGACAUGCAACGUGCCCAGCUAAACUUCCCCUUUAUUGAAUACGCCGCCUGUAAUUGGUUUAUUCACGUCUCGCGGCUACCGGAGAUCAAGAGUGACCUGAUGAAUUUGCUCAAUGCCUUCACUCGCCUGGAGAACCCAUCGUAUCUCGCCUACGUUGAGAUGGUGAUGAAGGUUGAGCGCGAGUCUGCCACCAUCUCUCCGCAGCAUGUCUCUGCCUGGGGACAUAUGACUGCGUAUGCGAAAGCGCUGAUCCAGCACGCCGAGCGUGGCUGUGAUGUCAACGCCCUGGACGGACAGAAAAUGACCCCCCUGAGUAGAGCGGCAGCUAAGGGGUUCCCGGACAUGGUUUCCCUCCUGCUUGAGAAUGGAGCGACGCCCAACCCCGAGCCAGAUCAUCGUGGAAGACGUCCACUGCACUACGCCGCGCAGAUGAACCAUCAUGGCGUCGUGCGUCUACUUCUGGAAGCUGGAGCUGACCCAGUGGUGCACCGGUCGACCAAGUAUGAUCCGCCACAAUGCUCUACUUACAUGCCAGGACGAAACUUUGGAUCACCGCUGGAAUAUGCAUGUGAAGCUGGUGCAGUGCAUUCCGUCCGAGCCAUGCUACCAUACCUGGCGGCUCAUGACUUGAAAUCGGCCCUUCAGUGGUCGAUAGAUGCUCAUCAACUGGAGAUGGUUGAGAUGCUGGUCGAUUUGCCUGAGCUCGACAUGACGAGGGACAACUUUAUCCAGGAUUGUCUGACCUCUGCGACGCAAGCUCAUGACCCUGCGGUCUUGCAAGUUCUUAUUGAUCUAUCUGCACGAUUAAACCAUCAUACACCAACAAAUCCGAAGGACAAAGAGAAAUGCCUGGAUAUCAUCCUCCGCACCGGAUGCGAUGUGAACGCUCGCUCAAAAAUCGGCCGUACUGCCCUUCAUGCGUGUGUGGCUGCGCAAGCAUCUACGAUUGUGGAGAAACUACUCAAGCAUGGAGCAGACGUCCAUGUGAUCGAUGAGAACGGUAGCACCCCCUUACACCUCUUAGACCCGCGGGAUCGAACUUACGACGGCUCUGUGGCGCGUAUUCUCCAUGCCAUGACACGCGCCGGAGCGAGUUGGGACGUGAUGAAUGGAAACGGGGAUCGCGUCCCUCUCCUGGUCUGGUGCCAGAAAUAUGAUUUCGACGAGAUAAACUUCGAUCUGUUACAACCCUACGUGACGGACUGGAACAUCACUGACGAGGAAGGAAACACACCAUUUCACCUGCUGUUGAAGAGACGGCCAACAAAAAAUACCCUUCAAAAGCUCGUCGGCAUGGGCGCCGACCUAAAUCGGCACAAUAACGAGGGCUGCACCCCACUGCUUUGCACGCACAACAUCGACCAGCUACUCGAUCUGGGCGCCGAUAUUCACGCUAUCGAUAACGAGGGUAAUGGGGUGUUGCAUCUGUUUUGCGAGCAUCAUCGCUGUCUCGGGGAUCUACAUGUGCUACUCAGUGCAGGAGCUGACCCGCUCCACCUCAACCAUAACGGCGACACCGUCUGGCAUGUCUUGAUGCGGCACACCCUCCAUCACAGCUUUAACGCUCUUGUCUCAAUGGUAUAUAUGCUGCGGCGCCUGGCGGGGGGCAUCCAUCUAUCAAGGAGAAACCACGACGGCCAGACUCUUCUGCAUUGCAUGUGUGGCGCCGAGGCGUCAAAUGCCCAGAUAUUGCUCGACCCGAGUAAAAGUCCGAUUGACCAUCUCCCUGCCAUAGAGGUCAAGGCCAUGCUAGAAGUGGAAGACCAUCAAGGACGAAGGCCCAUUCAUCUAGCGGCGGCUAACUCGGAAGUGUUGGUCGACUGGUUGAUACGCCGCGAGAACGUGCUGCAUAUCGCCGCCGCAGCGAGGGACAGUAACACGCUCGGCCUUUUGCUAGAGAGUUAUCUCGACGAUGAACCGCUCCAGGAAGCCAUUAACGAAGCUAAUCAAGACGGUCGCACACCAUUAAUAUCGCCUAGUGCGAUGCUUCUCCUUGAAGCAGGCGCAGAUGUAAGCCGCACGGAUAAGAAGAGCAGGACGUCACUACAUGCCUGUGCGGAGUUCAAGCGACACCCUUCCACUUCUGAUUCGCGUCAAGCAGAGCAACGUCGGACUGUCAAGAAUGAAGAUGAUACCUUAGGCGUGACAGGGAUUAUUCGUGCACUGCUCGCUCACGGAGCGGAUCCGUUAGCCCGAGAUAGUAUGGGCAGAUCACCGCUUGAAUUUGCCGUUGAUCUGGAGAAUGAUGAGAUGGUUAUGGAGUUGGCUGAUCUGACUCCGCGACAUCCACAAGCAGAGGCAAAACAGUUGUCUCUGACACCUAGGGACGAGUAUAUCCAUACACUGAUCGAUAAAGCGACAGAAACAGCAGCAAAAGCCGCAUCGGCGUCACCGCGCGAAAUUAUAGUAGAAUGUGAGCAUCUGCUCAAACAAGGUGCGUUCCGCGUAUUAGAACUGAUGGUGGGCCGCGGUUUGGAAGUCAGUCGGAAGCAAGUCUUUUCAAAGAACAGAAUAAGACGGGAAGACUUCAUUCAAUCCCUCGCCCGAUGGGGGUUUUCGCAUCUAUUCGAGACACUGGGCAAAUCACGAGACGAGACAGACUGGAUCGACGGUGCCAUGUCCCGCCCAUUUGAAAUCAACUUCGAUCUACCACCGCUGAUCUUCACGGCAUCUGAACGCGAACUCCCCAAUUUGAAUAUGCUGCAAGUGAUUAUCGAAGCAUUCCAUGCGGACGUGAACAUUCGCGCCUAUGAGAAUGUACGUGCCCCAUUGCUAGGCAGAUACAUAAACGACGAACCGCAUCGGAGCGCGUUGCAUAUCUUAGCUGUUGGGAACCACUGGUGGCAAACGGAUGCAAUAAGGUACCUGCUGCAACGCGGCACUGAUGUGACCAUGCGCAACGCAAAAGGCCAGACACCCUUGCAUAUCGCCGUGAGAGGUGGAUAUCGCCGGCUGGGACUUGCAGCAGUGUUACUCGAGGAUGGUGCUGAUCCGAACGCACUUCACAAGACGGGUGUCAUGUCGCUAGCAUUCGCGGUUGGGAAUAGCGAGAUGGUCCAACUACUUCUCAACCAUGGCGGGAAAUUUGAGCUGGGUUCUAGACCGGUGUUGUUUGAAGCUAUCUCCCAGCAGGAUAUCGAAACCGUCCGCAUUGUCCUUGAAAGUGGGUGCAACUGGGGCCAGACCCCAUUCAAGCAAUCACUGGCCGAACUAGAUAAAUUCGAGAAACGCAUGUUUGCUAGACAUUUUGGAGGAGAAUUCGAAGACAGACGGAUCCAAGAGGCAGAAGAGAUUCGUGAUCGAGAGCAGCGGCUUUUGCUAUGUCAGCCAGUACAUUAUGCCGCGCAUGGUCGAUUCAAUCAAGUCGCUGAACGGGCCAAGGCAGUGGAGAUUGUCGAGCUCCUGCUAGCUCACGGUGCGGACCCAUUCUGUUUAUCUGGGGAGGGUAUAACGACCAUCCACGGUGUGUUUAACCAGGGUGGCAUCGUAGAGCCCUUUUUAGCCCGGUUGACCGAGGCGGAUCUAGAGAGAAGGGACUGCCAUGGAAGGACACUCUUGCUGGCCACGUGUGAAGUGGGCAGCAGACAGGAUAAGUUUCAGAGCCAGAAGGCCCACGCGUUCGACAAUUUGGAGCCGCACCCUACUGCAUCAAUGCAAAAGGCACAUGCUAUUUUCCGACUAUGUGAGAUGGGCGCAGACCUGUCCGCAACAGACGAAAAGGGCAAUAAUGUGCUGCAUUUACUCGUGGCACCCGAGCAACACGGGAUCCCAUCAGCGGCCCAGAUUCUGCCCAUGAUGAUCAGCAAAUGCCCUCGGAAUUUAAUCCAUCAGACAAACCAACAGCGGAACACACCACUCCAUGUGGCUGCGAGAGGACAUCAAUGGAAAGCCGUUCGUCUCCUUCUGGAUGCGGGUGCUGAUCCCGUGGUCGCAGACAGCGACGGAAAUACUCUUCUUCAUCAUUUAGCCGGAUGUCUCCGCGAGGUAAAUGCAUCAGACCGCCAGAUGACUAGAAGUCCCCAGCGUCCCCCACCGGAGGACCUUUGGGUGGAUUUCUCUCGGCUGCUGGGUCGCGGAUUGGAUAUCAACGCCCGGGAUAAUAAUGGAGAUACGCCGCUGUUCAAAUAUGUGCGGAGUUUAUCCUCCCAGCCCUCUCUUCGCGGGCCUCUACUGGACCGUUUCCUUGCCGCGGGAUCAGGAUCUUUUUGUGUCGCCAAGGUAGGGGUACCACAUAGUCUCAUUCCUUCUCCGCCGGAUAAGAAGUUUGUCGAUGCGUUCACCUACUUGAUGGAGCUGGGAUUGGAUCCUUUUGACGAGGAUGAUAAACAGCGAACACCAGUGGAUAUUGCCGCUGCAUUUGGCAAGGAGGAUAUCUUGGCAUUGUUCAAGAAGUAGUCCUACUAUCGUACCACCACUCACCAGCGCUUGUGGGCCUACAAGGGAAUAAUUCCCUCUAGCUGUCAGCUUGAUAAAGAAAAAAAGAAGAGAAAAAAAAAAAGAG